AGCUGCUUGUUCGCAGGCCUUUAGGGGGAGUGUUGAGACGCGUGGAGACCGAGACUGGCACCGCGUCUGUGUGAAGGGGGAGAGGCUGGGAAACGACGGGAGCACAAGCGAGGCAGAUCUUCACCGUCUGUGGCCCUCUGUCCCUUCUUCCUCGAUGCCCGCAAAAAACACAUCGACCUACCGAUAACAAGGACACGGAGCGACCAGAGGACAGCGCGCGCUCGAGACGCCACAGCUGUAGCGCCAGAACCGGAGAGAUGUCCACGAUCCAGACGUCAUGAAGAUACAGUGGAACAAAGUAACAUAUCUCCAGAUCCAUCAGGCCACUCUUCAGUAACUAAACAAAACUGGACUAAUCACCAUCACUCACUUAUAUUUCGCUCAUCCACCGCUCUAAAUGAGUGUCUUGGACGGCAAGAUCAGGGGUGGGGCGCAUACCAGAUCCCACACAGAAUGUCCUGGAUCAAUGGCUUCCUAGUAGCCAGAGUGGAUGACCGUAAGACCGCGUGGGGCGAGCGCAAUGGCAAGAAGUCCAAGCGCAAGGUUGGCUCCUCUCUCUGCAACCCACGCUACAUGAGCUGCCUGCGGGACGUGGAAGCCAUGGAGCCUCCUCCCCAGCCACCCCACGCUCAGGCUACCCGGUCAGGAGGAGGAGGUACGGGUGGGGGCAACUUCGGUGUGCGCUGCGUAUGGCAGGAAGACCACUAUGGGAAAGUGGGGGGUGGGGGGGAGGGAGUGGGGCUUAAAUCUGUGGACCUGGGUUUCGAGGACGACGAGAUCAAGGGGAGGAGAGGGGGCGGCUUGGGUUGCGAUGGCUCCAGUGAUGACAUGGCCAGCGGCACGGGGUCAGUGACGGCCGAGGACUGCUGGCAGCGGGUGGUUCGGGUGUUCCAAUCCAAGAAGUUCCAGUCACGAAAACUGGAGCGUCUCUACCAGCGCUACUUCUUUAGGCUCAACCAGAGCUCGCUCACCAUGCUGAUGGGUGUCUUGGUGAUCGUUUGUGGGGUCAUGCUCACCUUCCACUGCAUCCACGGACCACCCGACAAGGUCUACGCCUCUGUGCUCUCUGUGGCCAUGGCCUUGUUCUUGGCACUAAUGGUGGUGUGCAACCGAAAUGGGUUCCACCAGGACUACAUGUGGAUGGUCAGCUACCUUGUGAUUGGGGUGCUAAUCGUGGUGCAGGUGUACGGGGUGCUGAUGGUGGCCCCCCGCAGCGCCUCUGAGGGGAUCUGGUGGUCCGUGUUUUUCAUCUACAUCAUCUACACGCUGCUGCCUGUGCGGAUGAGGGCGGCAGUGCUCAGUGGAGGAGUGCUGUCCUCCAUACACCUCCUCACCACAUGGAGGAUCAAUCAAGAUGAUGAAUUCCUCUGGAAACAGCUGAGCGCAAACGUGCUGAUCUUUCUGUGCACCAACAUUAUUGGGAUCUGCACCCACUACCCAGCAGAGGUCUCUCAGAGGCAAGCCUUUCAGGAGACGCGAGGCUACAUCCAGGCCCGACUGCACCUGCAAAGAGAAAACCAGCAGCAGGAACGCCUGUUGCUGUCUGUUUUGCCAAGGCAUGUCGCCAUGGAAAUGAAAGCUGACAUCAACGCUAAAAAAGAAAACAUGAUGUUUCACAAGAUCUACAUCCAGAAGCACGACAAUGUCAGUAUUUUGUUUGCAGACAUCGAGGGUUUCACUAGUCUGGCGUCGCAGUGCACUGCUCAGGAGCUGGUCAUGACUCUAAACGAGCUGUUUGCCCGCUUUGACAAGCUGGCUUCGGAGAACCACUGCUUACGGAUCAAGAUCCUGGGGGAUUGUUACUACUGCGUGUCAGGGUUACCUGAGCCCAGAGCGGACCACGCUCACUGCUGCGUGGAAAUGGGGGUGGACAUGAUUGAAGCCAUUUCCUUGGUGCGAGAGGUCACAGGGGUCAAUGUAAACAUGCGUGUCGGGAUCCACAGUGGUCGUGUGCACUGUGGGGUUCUUGGAUUGAGAAAGUGGCAAUUCGACGUGUGGUCCAACGACGUAACGCUGGCCAACCACAUGGAGGCUGGAGGCAAAGCCGGGAGGAUCCACAUCACUAAAGCUACUCUGCAGUACCUGAAUGGAGACUAUGAGGUGGAGCCAGGUUUUGGAGGGGAGAGAAACGCCUACCUGAAAGAAAACACCAUUGAGACCUUCCUAGUGUUGGGCUGCAGUCAAAAGCGGAAGGAGGAGAAGGCCAUGAUGGCUAAGAUGCAGCGCACGCGGACGAACUCUAACGAGGGUCUGGUGCCGCGGUGGGUGCCUGACAGAUCCUUCUCCAGGACUAAAGACUCCAAAGUCUUCAGACAGAUGGGCAUUGAUGAAACAUCCAGCAAAGACAACCGUGGUGCUCAGGAGGCGCUGAACCCUGAGGACGAGGUGGAUGAGUUUUUGGGCCGUGCCAUUGACGCUCGCAGUAUCGACCAGCUCCGCAAAGACCACGUGAAGAAGUUCCUCCUCACCUUCCAAACCUCCAGCCUGGAGAAGAAGUAUUCUAAGAAGGUAGACGAUCGUUUUGGCGGUUAUGUGGCCUGUACUCUGCUGGUCUUCUGUUUCAUCUCUUUUAUCCAGAUCAUCAUAUUCCCUCAUACUCUGGUCAUGCUGGGAAUAUACAUCAGUAUCUUCAUCAUUCUUGCCAACAUCCUCUUCAUCUGUGCCAUUUACUCCUGUGUGAAGCUCUUCCCUGCUGCUAUGCAGACUGUGUCCAAGAAGAUUGUUCAGUCUCGCACCAACAGCACACUGGUGGGAGUUUUCACCAUCAUCCUCGUCUUCAUCUCUGCCUUUGUCAAUAUGUUUUCCUGUGAUACACAGAAGCUUGAGGACUGUGUAGCAGAGCGGUUUAACUGGUCGUCAGAGAUGGUGACUCCCUGUGUGAUUCACAACUUGUCUCGCUUUGCAGCCGAUGGCCUGAAUAUCUGUCCCAGCAACACUCCCUCCUGCCCCUUUCCUGAGUAUUUCAGCUACAGUGUGCUGCUGACCAUGUUGGCCUGCUCAGUGUUCCUGCAGAUCAGUAGUAUAGGGAAGCUGGCUCUAAUGCUGCUCAUCCAGCUCACCUUCCUGCUGCUUGUGGAGUGGCCAGAGGUGGCGCUGUUUGACAACGCAGACCUCUUCGUUACUGCCAAUGCGCUGUCCAGUCUCAAUACAACUACUGAGCAGUGUACUUCCACGGUGACUAAAGUGUCCCUAAAGGUCAUGACCCCGGUCAUCCUCACUGUAUUUGUACUAGCACUGUACCUGCAUGCCCAGCAAGUGGAGUCAACGGCUCGUCUAGACUUCCUCUGGAAACUUCAGGCCACAGAAGAAAAGGAGGAGAUGGAGGAGCUUCAAGCCUACAACCGCCGGCUCCUCCACAACAUCCUGCCCAAAGAUGUGGCCGCACACUUUCUAGCCAUAGAGAGGAGGAAUGACGAGCUGUACUAUCAGUCGUGUGAGUGUGUGGCCGUCAUGUUCGCCUCCAUCAGCAACUUCUCUGAGUUCUACGUGGAGCUGGAGGCCAACAACGAGGGAGUGGAGUGUCUGAGGCUCCUCAAUGAGAUCAUCGCUGAUUUUGAUGAGAUCAUCAGUGAGGAGAAAUACAGGCAGCUGGAGAAGAUAAAGACCAUUGGCAGCACCUACAUGGCCGCAUCUGGCCUUAACGACUCCACCUAUGACAAGGAAGGCCGCUCGCAUAUAACUGCCCUGGCCGACUAUGCCAUGCACCUCCGCGAGCAGAUGAAAUACAUCAAUGAGCAUUCCUUCAACAACUUCCAGAUGAAGAUCGGACUGAACAUUGGGCCAGUGGUCGCAGGAGUUAUUGGUGCCAGGAAGCCCCAGUAUGAUAUCUGGGGAAACACAGUAAACGUGGCCAGUCGGAUGGACAGUACAGGGGUCCCAGACCGUAUUCAGGUGACCACAGAUCUGCACCAGGUGUUGGCCGGUAAAGGUUACCAGCUGGAGUGUCGAGGGGUCGUAAAGGUGAAAGGCAAGGGUGAGAUGACCACUUACUUCCUGAACGACGGACCUCCCAACAGUUAGCAGCGCACUAGAGUUCCUUUGGAUUCCCACAAUUCCCUAGAGAGGAGGCUUGAUCGAGGCAAGCAGAAGACAAACAAGCAACCAUCGCCAUCACUUGAAGAAAGGAAGAUUAUUGAAGAAAACCAAACCAGACUCCAGACUGGAGAGUCGUGGCGCUCAUUGAUAUGGCUGUGCACAUUGAAGGACGAUUGUUUUUAAGCCUCUCCCUCAGGCUGCUUGAAAGAUGCAAAGUCUGUUAAUUUAACAAAGGCCUUUAUUUGCCGAAGAAAAACGCUGUACAUAAGGCAUUUUCUCCAGUUUUUAUUUUUGUGUGACAUUUUUUCCCUCUGUUAUUCUUAUUUCAGGUGAAUAUAAAUACAGGUACUCAUGUUCUGUUCGGAAUUCCUUAUUUAUUUUGAUCUUGAUGUUUUGUGCAAAAAGUCCUUUAUGGAACAAGUGUGAAAAACGCAUACACAUUUAUACCGUACAUAAACCCGUACGCUCGUAUAUCUGUGUGUGUGUGUAUACGAAUACAGUAUCUGUAUAAAUUAAGAAGAUAACUAUUGACCAAAGACCAAAGUAUUUAAUACAAAAGUUUGAUUAUUAUGUAAUGCUCCGACGUCCUCACCCCUCAAUUUUUUUCCCUGUUUUCAUGACGUCUUAUCAUUUACAGUAAAUUACACUGAUUGAUCGAUUGAUUGAUCACCUGAUCAUAUGAAGGACUGAAUGGUUAAAAAAAUUGACCUUUUCCUUCAGAAUGACAAAUUCUGGAUGGAAAACUGUUUUGAAAAGCUGUGGAACAAUAGGGAUUUUAUUUUUAUUUUUUUUGGAAGUACGACCAGGUCUGGGCCUUCAAUGCGUUCUAUAGGAAGACUUUGGUUUUAUUUUGUGUGUUCCGUCAACCAUUUCUUCUUUUUUCAAAGAAGUAUUUUUGGUACAAAAUGAAAUAAAAGGAAAAAAAAAAAGUUUUUCUGAGGCAUCUGGGGAAAAGCCACGGCAUUGGAUACCACGGUACGAUCCAAUUCAUUCUAGAAGGACUUUUUUUUUAAAACAAAAGAAAUAUCUAUAUCUAUAUCUAUAAAUUAUGACUGAAUACUGUGCUUUGUAAUCUCGAAGGGGCAUAACUCUUUUCACUGUGAGGUUUCUAUGAUACAACUAGCUGCUUUCUUGCCAAACUAAACAGCUCAAAAGCAUGUCUGAUUGUGGUAUCUUCUCUACGAGUUUUGUUUGUUUGAUUCCCUGACGUUUGGGUAUUUUGUAUCACCUAUGUAUCCUUUUUUUUCUUUUCCUAUUCUGGUUGUUCUUAUAUCUAUUUGAUUAUGAUUCCAUUCCAGCUGAGAAGAGGGAACAAAGCCCUGAACUGAGUACUAACUGAUCAACUGCAGUCAGUCAGUCAUAUGAUCAGAUAAACUAUAUUCCCUCAACCCUUGUUAUGCUUCAUUGUAGUGAACAUCUCUUUAAGGAAAAAUACAUAUUUAAGCUGUAAACUUCAAAUUCAUUAGGAAAACAGAUGCUAGCCAGCUAAUUGCCAAUAUAGAAGACUUCCCUUACACUGCAUGUGUGCAGUGCAAAUUGCAGUGCAUUUGCCUUAAUUUAACAAAUUUCAGCAUAUGAUAACAGUGCCUCUUUGUAUCAGACGGUGUACAACACAAACUGUGCAAUUCACCUGUUGGACGCGACACGUUCAUUAGCUCAGUCAACUUUUUCAGCAUAAUGGCUCGCAUGAUGGCCAAAGCACUGUCUUUUUCCUGCUUUGCGUUCUUCACUUAUUGAGAAUUUGCUGUGAUCGUAGCUUGCUCAUUGCAUGUCAGUUGAUCAGGUUUGUACCAAAGGCAGGGCGCCCUGUUGUUCCGUCCAGUAUGUCCAAUAAAAGCGUACACGAGUGGAGAUUCAGUGUGAGGGAAGCAAUCACAGUAUGUGAUGUACUGCGGACACACAGGAGUGUAUUUGAGUACUACUGACUCUCACCCUGGGGCCUCUGUGUUAAUCAACGCUGAACGACUCUUGAUCGUUUCCUUAUUUUCGAUUACCUUUUGGUUCGUUUCAUUCUUUUUUUACUUUAGUCGAAGGAUUAGAAAAGAGACGAGCUCUCCAGCUUUGCAAAGGAAAGUUGAGAAAAGACUCUUGAUCAAUAUAGACACAACUUUUCCCCUCUAAAAAUAAAAAUAUGUCUGUUUUA